AUGAAACAGGGGCAUGAAGACUGCAUCCGUACUAGUUACCUUCAGCAGAUACUACAUGUCUUGUCUGGUUUCACAACAGCAAAACGGAAAAAGGUUGUGAUCGAUGAAGCAGCCCUGCAGCGAUGGGAGGGCAUCCGGAACAAAGUUGCAACCCACAACGUGACGUUCGACACUGCGGAUGGGCCUGUGACAGCACAUGAUGUUGUGCUCAUGGUGGCCUCUCCCGUACUGGCAGCCAUGCUUGAGUCCAGCAUGACAGAGGGAACCAGCAAGCGCAUUCAAGUCGAAGAUUCGUCGGCCGCUGCCGUGUCGCUAUUCUUGGAUAUGGUGUACAUGAGCGCGACGGCUAGCGAACUCGACUACAAAACUGUUCUUGGUGCCUUAGACAUUUCUCAUCGAUGGGAGGUGCUCAGCGUCGUCAUCAUUUUUGAAGACAUGCUUGAAGACAUGAUUACUGGUUCUAGUUUUGCCGAAAUUGCGGAGUGCGCUGUAUUGAAGGGCCUAGACGGCUUGCAGAAGGCGUGCAUCAAAUUCGCCGGGACAAACAAAGCCGUCAAAGCUUUGGUUAAGCAGCGCAAGCUGCACCCAGCCGUGAUGAAGCUUCUUGGUGCAUCAUCGCCGCCCGAGCCGUCAGCAAAGAAGUUGAGGACCUUCUGA